AUGUUUCAGGGGAAUCAGUACUACUGGGUCGCAGCCGGAGAAUCCUCGGCGCCGGAGAAACAAUCCAUAUGGACUCUUGAGGAGAACCAAGCCUUUGAGGAAGCCAUACUAUUGAUUCCAGCAGGAACUCCGUACCGGUGGGACUGGAUCGCCAGCUUAAUCCCCGGGAAGUCGUCCUUGGCGGUGAAGGAACACUACGAUGUGAUUUUUCGCAACUGGAGAGAUAUGGACGGGCCCGAACGAGUUGAGUCGUCGAGUUACAUGAACCAGUCGCCUCCAGUGCUGGGCCCGGUGCCAGCACCCACUCAGAUCUCGGUCGAGACCAGGCCGGGGCACGGUGAGGAUCAGUGCAAGAAAAGGACUCUCCAGACCAUAGAAGAACACAGGUUAUUCUUUGAGGAAGCCCUUCUGCCGUUUUCUCCCGGAACGCCAUGCCGGUGGGAGACCAUCGCCUGCCAUCUUCCCUGGAAUUCGCCCAUGGUUCACUGUUGGAGCGACACGGAAGCGGGACGAGUCGACCCGCCGAGUCAAGCAAACGAGUUGUCGCUUGUCCUGGAGUCGGGGCCGCCGCUGUCACCACCACCGCCCACUCAGACUCCGUUGGGGGCCAGGCCGGAGCGCGGAGAUGAUCAGCCCAAGAAAAGGAUUCUCUGGACCGAAGAAGAACACAGGUUAUUCUUGUAUGGGCUGGAGAAAUUUGGGAAGGGAAAGUGGAAGCAAAUAGCAAAUGAAGUGGUGUUGACAAAAACCCCAUCUCAGGUGGCCAGCCAUGCCCAGAAAUUCUUCCUCCGCCAUAGCCCUGCGAAUCAGCUCAAGGGAACUAAGAGGUCGAGCAUCCAUGACAUCACCAUCGCCUUUCCCUCCAACGAUCCAUGA